AUGAGUGCCAACUACAAUAACCCUGGAAUGCUGCCAGUGCCAAACCCCACGCUCUCGUACUGGCAGAGCGAGCGCCACCACCUCGACUCCUACAGGUCGACCGAGGAGCUCCCUAGCAUCAGCGAUAUUGUGGUCAUUGGAGCCGGAAUAGCAGGGGUCUCUGUCGUUCAUCACCUUUGCAGCACGCCAGAUCCACCACAGAUCCUCCUUCUCGAGGCCCGUCAGACCUGCUCCGGUGCCACGGGACGCAAUGGAGGCCACGUCAAAAUGAAGACAGCCAGUAUUUUGGGGUAUAUAGCCAAGUAUGGCCCUGCAUCUGCCGACGAGUACGCUCGUUUUGUGCAAGACCACAUCUACGCUCUCAAGGACGUCGUAGAAAAGGAGAAGAUUGCUUGUGAGUUCGAGAUACGUCGCAGCUAUGACGUCUUCAACUUGGAGAGCGAAGCCCGAGAGGUGGAGGCUUCGUUCAGGGAAGCUCUCGACCGCGGCGACCAGUGGACCAGGGACAGAGACUUGGUCGGGCCUGAGUUCGCAGAGGGGCUGACGAGCGUCAAGGGCGCUCGGUGCGCUGUCAGCUCGCCGUGCUGUUCGUUGUGGCCCUAUAAAUUCGUGACAGCGCUGCUCGAGAGGGCAAUGGCCAAGAACGCUUCCUUGAACGUCCAGACAGAGACGCCCGUGCUGAAGCUGGAUGACGGCAGUGACGGGGUGACCUUGGUCCACACUCCACGAGGGGUCGUCAAGGCCAAGAAAGUCGUGUUUGCUACCAACGCUUACACGGCAGCUCUUUUGCCUGAGUACCACGGGAUCAUCACCCCUUACAAAGGGACGGCAGCGCACCUGGCCGCGGAGGAUGGGAUCGAGCCCGUGUUUCCUCACCUCAGCCACACAUACAACCUGGAAUUCGGCCUAGACCCUGUCCUCGAGACAGUCGACUACUUGAACCCUCGACCAGAUGGCGGUAUUGUGGUGGGAGGAGCCAAGUGGAUCUACGAAGAGAAGAGGGAAUUAUGGUAUAACACAGUGGACGAUUCCACUCUCUUUGACCCUGUGAUCCAGGCUGGUUAUUUCGACGGAUACAUGCAGAGGAACUUUAAAGGGUGGCAAGACAGUGGUUCAAGAGCCGAGAGUAUUUGGACCGGUAUCAUGGGAAGUACUCCAGAUGGCCAGCCACACGUUGGAAAGGUGCCUGGCAAGGAGAACCAGUGGAUCCUCGCCGGCUUCAAUGGUGGCGGGAAUGCGUUGACGUUCCUGUCCGCCAAGGCUGUCGCUAGGAUGGUGAUGGAGGGCGUGUCCCUUGAUGAGACUGGUGGUUGA